AUGACUGUGAAAGGAGCAGAUGCUGGGAACGUGAUCAGACUAUUUGUACCAGAUAUUGGGAUGUUCAUUGCUAGUCUGACAAUAUGGCUCCUCUGCCGCAACAUGUUUCAGAAGCCAGUAACCGAGGAUGCAGCACAGUGCAACAUGCAAUUUGAAAAUGAGGAAAUGGCUGCAAGAGAAAAAUUAGAGCCAGAUGACGCUUUGAUGUAUGAUGAAGAUCUGGAUGACGAAGACUGUGGAGAAGCAGAAUUUGAGGAAACCAUGAAAUUAAAACUGCUGCGUAGAAUCGCCUCCCUAGCAUCCAAACUGAGGGAGUUUAUUGGCAAUAUGAUAAUCACCACUGGGAAAGUUGUUGUUACAAUUUUACUUGGUUCAGCAGGUAUGAUGGUGCCAUCUUUGACCUCAGCUGUGUAUUUCUUUGUAUUUUUGGGUCUGUGCACGUGGUGGUCCUGUUGCCAAGCAUUUGAUCCGCUGAUAUUCAGCUGUCUGUGUGUAUUAAUGGCUAUAUUCAGUGCAGGACACUUGAUUGGACUUUAUCUGUACCAGCUACAGUUCUUUCAGGAGGUUGUUCCACCGAAAGAUUUCUAUGCCAGGUUGUUCGGUGUCACUUCUCUUACUCAGACAAACUGCUCAAGCACUUGGAUGAUCAUCAAAAAUCAAGACUUACAUUGGUAUCACCAUGCUAAUCCAAUCUUACUGCUGGUGAUGUACUACACCCUCGCAACUCUUAUUCGUCUCUGGCUACAAGAGCCCAUUCAGAUGCCUGAUGAAGAGAAAUCUGUUAGCAGGGAAGAUGACAAAGAAAUACCCUGCAGCCCAAUUCCAAUGACAGCAGAGAGAAGGCGCAGUCUGUGGUAUGCAAGCCACUAUACAACUGAUGAGAGAAAACUUCUGUCAAUGACCCAAGAUGAAUACAAGCCAUCGGAUGUGCUGCUGGUAACAGUGAACGGGAACCCUACUGACUAUCACACCAUCCACCCUGCGCUGCCAUUAGAAAAUGGUCCGGCCAAAGCAGACAUGUACUCAACACCACAGUACAAAUGGGAGCCUUCAGAUGAUGUGUCAGAAAAGGAAGAAGAGGUGGAGGAGGAAGAAGAAGAGGAAGUUACACAGGAGGAAAAAGAAAAUGUUAAAUUACAUGCCCUGGUCUCUGUGUUCCAAUUUAUCAUGAAACAAAGUUACAUUUGUGCUCUGAUAGCUAUGAUGGCAUGGAGUAUCACAUAUCACAGCUGGUUGACUUUUGUGUUACUAAUCUGGUCUUGCACACUGUGGAUGAUUCGGGACCGAAGGAAAUAUGCCAUGAUCAGUUCACCAUUCAUGGUUUUUUAUGGAAAUUUAUUGCUAAUAUUACAGUAUAUAUGGAGUAUUGAGCUCAAGAAUGAUGAGCUUCCUCAAGUAUCCGGUUUUUUAAAAAGAAAGGAACCUGGAGAGCUGGCAUCAAAGAUUCUUUUCACAAUUACUUUCUGGCUACUGCUUAGGCAACACCUCACUGAACAGAAAGCACUUCGGCUAAAAGAAGCUACUUUAUCUGAGGUCAAAGUUGGAAGUGAAGAAAAUGAAGAAAAAGAAGAGGAGUUGCAAGAGGGAGAAGUGUCAGAAGAACAGGAGGAGGAGAAGGAAGAGGAGGAGGAGGAGGAUGAAGAAGAGGAGGAUGAUGAACAGGAUAUUAUGAAAGUCUUGGGAAAACUGGUGAUGGCUAUGUUAAUCAAAUACUGGAUUUACGUCUGUGGGGGCAUGUUCUUCUUUGUCAGCUUUGAGGGUACAAUUGUCAUGUACAAAAUCAUCUAUAUGGUACUGUUCCUCUUCUGUGUGGCCCUCUAUCAGGUGCAUUAUGAAUGGUGGAGAAAGAUUUUAAAGUACUUUUGGAUGUCAGUGGUUGUUUACACGAUGUUGGUACUUAUCUUCAUCUACACAUACCAGUUUGAGUCAUUCCCUGGGUUGUGGAAGAACAUGACAGGCCUGGAUGAAGCAAAGCUAGAGGACCUUGGCUUAAAACAGUUUUCUGUGGGUGAUCUAUUCACACGCAUUUUUAUCCCCACCUCCUUCCUACUGGUGUGUAUCUUACACCUUCACUAUUUCCAUGAUCAGUUUCUCCAGCUCACUGAUUUAAAAGCUGUAACGAGCAAACAGGACAACACUAUUUACAGCCAUGCCAAAGUCAAUGGCCGUGUAUAUCUAAUAAUUAAUAGCCUCAAGAAAAAAAUACCAAACCACCAAAAUGAACUGGUGCACCAAGAUGGAAGCCUACCUGACAUAACUAUGAUUAAUUUAACAACCAGCAGAGAAAAGGAAGAGGAUAAAAUGCUAGAAGAUGCUGGUGAGAAAAGAAUGGAAGAGCCAGAAGGGGAGGGAGGGAAAGGGAGAAUCAAAAAAGUAAAAGAAGAAAAGGAAGAUGAGGACAUGGAAGAUGAUUCUGAUGAUGAAUAUAAUGAAUCAGAGGAAGAAGAAACUACAGACUUAAGGAACAAGUGGCAUCUAGUGAUCGACCGCCUUACAGUACUGUUUUUGAAAUUCCUGGAGUAUUUUCAUAAGAUGCAAGUCUUCGUGUGGUGGCUGUUGGAGCUGCACAUCAUCAAAAUUGUUUCCUCUUACAUCAUCUGGGUCACAGUGAAAGAGGUGUCUCUGUUUAACUUUGUGUUUUUGAUUGCCUGGGCUCUUGCUUUGCCAUAUGCUCAGUUUCGCCCACUGGCAUCAAGUAUCUGCACUGUCUGGACAUGUGUGAUUAUUGUCUGCAAGAUGUUGUAUCAGCUCUCAUCUAUCGAUCCCAAAACUUUUUCCAGUAACUGUACGUUGCCAGGAGAGAAUGAAACUAAGGUUGAUUUAGAAGAACUCAAAACAUCAGUGCUCUACAGUGGGCCAGUUGAUCCUGCGGAGUGGGUUGGAUUGAGAAAGUCUUAUCCCCUUCUUGUGUACUUAAGGAAUAACUUACUGAUGCUGGCUAUUCUGGCUUUUGAAGUUACAAUCUACCGUCAUCAAGAAUACUACAGAUGUCGAAAUAACCUUACUGCACCUGUGACUAAAACAAUUUUUCAUGAUAUUACAAGAGCACAUCUGGAUGAUGGAGUGAUAAACUGUGUCAAGUAUUUCAUAAACUACUUCUUCUACAAAUUUGGUUUGGAGACCUGUUUUCUUCUAUCAGUGAAUGUAAUUGGUCAAAGGAUGGAUUUUUAUGCCAUGAUUCAUGCCUUCUGGCUGAUUGCUGUAUUGUAUCGACGCAGAAGAAAAGCAAUUGCAGAGAUCUGGCCAAAAUACUGCUGUUUUCUGUCAUGCAUCAUUACGUUCCAGUACUUCCUUUGCAUUGGCAUCCCACCUGCUCCUUGUAAAGACUAUCCAUGGAGAAGUGGUAAUGCCAACUUCAACUCCAACAUCAUAAAGUGGUUAUAUUUUCCAGACUUCAUUGUGAGACCAAACCCUGUCUUCCUUGUGUAUGAUUUCAUGUUGCUGCUGUGUGCAUCCUUGCAAAGGCAGACAUUUGAGGAUGAAAAUAAAGCUGCAGUACGAAUCAUGGCUGGAGACAACGUGGAAAUUUGCAUGAAUCUUGAUGCGGCAUCUUUUAGCCAGCAUAAUCCUGUUCCUGACUUCAUUCACUGCCGGUCCUACUUAGACAUGUAUAAGGUGAUAAUAUUUAGUUACCUCUUCUGGUUUGUACUCACUAUAAUCUUCAUAACGGGAACCACAAGGAUCAGCAUAUUCUGUAUGGGCUACUUGGUGGCCUGCUUUUAUUUCCUUCUCUUUGGUGGAGAUCUGCUGCUGAAGCCCAUCAGGAGCAUUCUGCGCUACUGGGACUGGCUGAUUGCCUACAACGUCUUUGUGAUCACAAUGAAGAAUAUCCUGUCGAUAGGAGCAUGUGGCUACAUUGAAUCAUUAAUUAAGAAUAGUUGCUGGGUCAUUCAGGCAUUCAGCCUGGCUUGUACAGUUAAAGGCUACCGUAUUCCAACCAGCAAUCUAGAUUGUAAACUGCCCAGUGGAGAAGCAGGAAUCAUUUGGGACAGUAUAUGUUUUGCUUUCCUGCUGCUGCAAAGAAGAGUGUUCAUGAGUUACUACUUCCUGCAUGUGGUUGCAGAUAUAAAAGCUUCUCAGAUCCUAGCAUCAAGGGGUGCUGAGCUUUUUCAGGCUACAAUUGUCAAGGCUGUAAAGGCAAGAAUUGAAGAGGAAAAAAAGUCAAUGGAUCAACUGAAGAGACAAAUGGAUCGCAUCAAAGCCAGGCAGCAAAAAUACAAGAAGGGUAAAGAGAGAAUGCUAAGCAUGAACCAGGAGUCCUCAGAGGGGCCGGAGAUUCGGAAGGUUUCUGAAGAAGAUGAUGAAGGAGAAGCAGACAAAGAGAAAGCCAAGGGCAAAAAAAAGCUGUGGUGGCGGCCUUGGGUUGAUCAUGCUUCCAUGGUCAGAAGUGGAAAUUAUUAUUUGUUUGAGACGGAUAGUGAAGAGGAAGAGGAAGAGGAGAAAAAGGAAGAGGAAGAACCUCGAAAAAAGUCUGCAUUUCAGAGAGCUAUUGGAAAAUUUGCUUCAGCCAUCUUAGCCUUGCCAAAGUCUAUCAUUAAACUACCUAAAACUAUUCUUCAGUAUUUAAUCAAAGCAGCAAAGUUUGUUUAUCAAGCCUGGAUUACUGACCCUAAAACAGCUCUACGACAGAGGCGCAAAGAGAAGAAAAGUUUUGGGAAAGAGAAACGAAGGCGAAAAGGAUCUGGGGAUGGAGGUGGCACUGAUGCGGACUGUGAAGACAGUGAAGAGGAGCCUGUCAAGAAGAAAUCUGAUGGACCAGAUAACAUCAUCAAGAGGAUAUUUAAUAUCUUGAAGUUCACUUGGGUCCUUUUCCUGGCAACACUAGACAGUUUUACAGCUUGGCUUAAUUCCAUCUCAAGAGAACACAUCGAUAUCUCCACUGUGCUAAGAAUUGAGCGCUGUAUGCUGACCAGGGAGAUUAAGAAGGGAAAUGUUCCAACGCGGGAGAGCAUCCAUUUGUAUUACCAGAACCACAUGAUGAAACUUUCUGAGGAGUCGGGACUGGACUCAAUUGAUAAAAAUCCCAGUCAAGCUUCUGGUUUGCAAGCAUCUGAAAGGAUGGAUAGCUUAGAUUCAGCAGCUUCUCGUGACAGCAUCUCCAGCUGCUACACUGAAGCAACCAUGCUGUUCUCAAGGCAGUCAACCCUUGAUGAUUUAGAUGGACCAGACACUGUUCCUAAAACAAGUGAGCGCGCUCGACCUAGGCUUCGUAAAAUGCAGAGCAUGGAUAUGUCCUCCUCAUCAGCUGACAGUGGCAGUAUAGUGUCAAGUGAACCUACACAGGUCACCAUGGUCUAUUCUCGUCAGGGAACAACAGAAACCAUUGAGGAGGUAGAAGGAGAGCAUGAAGAGGAAGGAGCUCAUUCUGCAUCAAGGUUGGAGGAAGAAGAGGUGGAAGAUUAUAGCCUGGAUUCAGAAGGAGCUGCAUACACUCCUGAUACCGAUGUGCCAUUGUACUCCACAGUGGAUAGCAAUGCAGAAGCUCCGCCUUCCUAUAGCAAAGCUGUCAGCUUUGAACAUCUUCCCUUUGGGUCCCCAGAUGACUCAGCUGGUAAGAGUCUCAUGAUGGUGAGCCCAGACGACAGCCGGACGGACAAACUUGAUACCAUUCUCCCCCCACUGACGCAUGAGCUAACAGCUAGCGAGCUGCUUCUGAACAAGAUGUUUCAUGAUGACGAACUGGAGGAGUCAGAGAAGUUCUAUGUUGGUCAGCCUCGAGUCUUGCUCCUUAUUUAUGCUCUGUACAAUACACUGGUGGCCCGGUCAGAAAUGGUGUGCUAUUUUGUGAUCAUCCUUAACCACAUGAUCUCUGCCUCCAUGAUAACCCUGGUGCUUCCCAUCCUUAUAUUCCUGUGGGCCAUGCUGUCUGUUCCUCGGCCAAGCAAACGUUUCUGGAUGACAGCCAUUGUCUACACUGAGGUGGCCAUUGUCAUCAAGUACUUCUUCCAGUUUGGCUUCUUUCCUUGGAAUAAACAUGUAGAUUACACGAAAGAUAAACCUUACCAUCCACCCAAUAUUAUUGGCAUUGAGAAGAAAGAGGGUUACGUGCACUAUGAUCUUGUUCAGCUUCUUGCUUUAUUCUUCCACAGAUCCAUUUUAAAGUGCCAUGGACUGUGGGAUGAAGAUGAGAAAGGAGACAGCUCCAGUAAUAAAGAGGACACCGAUGAUGAGCUCUCUCUGGCAGGAGGCAGGAGAGACUCUUCUGUCUCAUUGAAAUCUGUCAAUCUUGCGGCGUCAGUGGAGUCCAUCCAUGUCCACUUCCCCGAGCAACAGACUGCCAUCAGGAGGAAGAGCUCUAGCAGCAUAUCACAGCUUUCACACAGGUCCAGCUUCUCCUCACACAGGUCUAAGAGAGGAAGUACCAGUACACGGAACAGCAGUCAGAAAGGAAGCAGCGUGUUAAGCAUCAAGCAAAAAUCUAGAAAAGAGCUCCUUAUGGAAAAGUUUCGAGAACAAAUGAUCAAAGCCAAGGCCUUUACAAUUAAAAAGACUCUCCAGGUGUAUGUGCCCAUCAGACAGUUUUUCUACAAUCUUAUUCAUCCAGACUACAGUGCAGUGACUGAUGUGUAUGUGCUGAUGUUCCUCGCAGACACAGUGGACUUCAUCAUCAUUGUGUUUGGAUUUUGGGCUUUUGGGAAACACUCUGCUGCAGCAGAUAUCACCUCUUCAUUAUCAGAGGACCAGGUCCCAGAAGCAUUUUUGGUGAUGGUACUCAUUCAGUUUGGUACCAUGGUGGUAGAUCGAGCACUGUACCUCAAAAAGACUGUCAUGGGAAAGGUUAUCUUCCAGGUCAUCCUUGUUUUCGGCAUACAUUUCUGGAUGUUCUUUAUCUUGCCUGGAGUGACAGAAAGGAAAUUUAGCCAGAACACAGUUGCCCAGCUCUGGUAUUUUGUGAAAUGUGUUUAUUUUGGCUUAUCAGCAUAUCAGAUACGCUGCGGAUAUCCAACUCGUGUUCUUGGUAACUUCCUCACAAAAAGUUAUAACUAUGUCAACCUGUUCUUAUUUCAAGGGUUCCGCCUAGUUCCAUUCUUGACUGAGCUGAGAGCAGUAAUGGACUGGGUUUGGACUGAUACCACUCUCAGUCUUUCCAGCUGGAUCUGUGUUGAAGAUAUCUACGCACAUAUAUUCAUCCUGAAGUGUUGGCGAGAGUCAGAAAAAAGAUAUCCCCAACCAAGAGGCCAGAAGAAAAAGAAAGUUGUGAAGUAUGGAAUGGGUGGCAUGAUUAUCGUCUUGCUGAUUUGUAUUGUCUGGUUCCCACUGCUCUUCAUGUCUUUAAUCAAAUCUGUUGCAGGCAUCACCAACAAGCCUCUAGAUGUAUCAAUCACAAUAACUCUAGGAGGUUAUCAGCCUAUUUUCACAAUGAGUGCUCAACAGAGUCAGCUCGAGGAUUUCAAUCAGACUCGUUUCAAUAUGCUUCUGGCAGGCUAUAGGGGUAACACUGUAAGUGAAAUAAAUCUCACUCUUGGUGCCAAAGCUGAAAUAGCGUCAGAUAAACUUACCUUUAAACUACAAGAGGAAACCAGAGCAGCUAUUGCUUCAAUGAUGUCUGGAAAGGAGCAACUAGAAAAGGUAACAUUAGGGGAAGUGUACCCAUACUACAUCAAGGCCCCUAGUGAUUCUCUGGCAAAACCCAUAAAGCAACUAUUGAAAGACUGCAAGUGGAAAAACAUUACAGUUUCCCUGGUCAAAAAUGUGUCUGGUGAGGGAGUUCGUGAGUGGUGGGUUUUGAAUCAGCUUGGAAAAACAUUCAAAACAUCUGGAGAUAGUCUUGAGCUCAUCAUAUUCAGUGAUAAAGUCAGUCCUCCAAGCCUUGGAUUUUUGGCUGGUUAUGGCAUUAUGGGACUAUAUGCUUCAGUUGUCCUGGUGAUAGGGAAGUUUGUCCGUGAAUUUUUCAGUGGGAUCUCUCACUCCAUCAUGUUUGAGGAGCUACCCAAUGUAGACCGAAUCUUGAAGUUGUGCACUGACAUUUUCUUAGUGCGAGAGACUGGAGAACUGGAACUAGAAGAAGACCUGUACGCCAAACUAAUAUUCCUGUAUCGCUCACCAGAGACCAUGAUCAAGUGGACUAGGGAAAAAACUAAUUGAUCUCUUUGGUGUCACACUGCAAAUCAAGUUGAUUUAAUCUGAAUUUUAAAGGAAAAAAAAAAAAAGCACAAUAUUCUCUUAAGAGCUAAGCCUUUUAUAGUUGGGUAGCAAUGAUUUUUCACUGAAGGAGUCCUGGAAGCUACGGCCUUAGGAAUCCAUGCUGCCUUUUGAAUUAAGGAUGGACAGUGAGGAAGGUUGAAUGAUUUGUUGAUUUUAAUGUGCCACUCCUCUACAGUCUGGGGACUGCUUUGUAAUUUAAUCAACAAAAUGUUUGCAUCUUUGUCUGGCUGAUUUAAUUUUCCAGACAACCAUUACAACUUAAAAAAGAAAUGGAGUGAACCGACAGAUGACUCCAGUGUACCUUCUUAACCCUUUCUGGAGCCAUACAGUUUGGAUUGUGCAAUAUGCUGUUGUACAUCACUGACUUUCAAGCUACAGUAAUGGGACACUGACUAGCCUUCAGGACACCCAAGACCCAGGACCGCACUGGGAUCUGAAGACAUUCUAGCCACACCCAUUUGUAAAAAAGCAGAGGUUUUGAUGUACAAAGGACACUGUGGACAAGCCUCUGUUAGCAAAAAGAAAACAAGUAACAAUCUGUUCAAAUGCCUUAUUUUAUUUGUACAGUCACAGGAGACAUUUCCACCAAACAUCAAUGACUUUUCUCAGGAAGAAAAAGCAACUGAAAACUUGACACUUUGUCAAGAUUAACUAAUGGCUAGAAUAAUUACGGUGAAUUAUUGGGGUGUUCUGCUGGGCCAUUCUCUUCAAAGUUAUUGCUUUCCAUUGGAUGAGAAAAGAAAGUGAAUUCAAUGACCUAAUGAGCAACUUCAUUUCUUAUAACCCUAUAAAGACUGAAUAGUGUGUGCUUCUCUCUGCUCUCCUUGACAUGCUUUUUCCCAUUUCAAUGAUUUAAGGCAACUGUUGUUUUGCUGUUAGCUGAUACUCUUCUUCCAGUGUUUCAGGUAUAUGAAAAUGUUUACAUAUCCCAAGUCACAUUUUUACAUCCGAGACGGGUUUUUUUUUAGGUUCCCAAACACAGACAUAAGAGCUUGAAAAAUGGCCAUUUCCUUAAAUUGCUCUUCUUAGUGACACAAAUGGCUCAUUACAGAACAUUGUAGCAUGAAAAUUUACAAUUGCAGUGUAGGUUUCAUUCCAUGUUUAAAAAAUAUUGAGAAAAAAAAUCAUUUAGUGGGUAGGGUAUGUUAAAAGGGUAUACUGUGUAGUUUUGAUUCAGUAAUGACUUAAAAUAAAGCACAUGUUGCAAAGUCAUUUUAGAAGUAUUUUUUCCUCUGUCUUUUUACAUGAAAUGGGAAGAGUUUGACAUUCUUCUAACUCUGUGACAAAUAAAUCUCUUUCUUGUAGUUAGCUGCUAUUUAUUAUAUGAAUGAUUAGUUAAUCACCGGAAAGAAACUAAAACUAACAUAAUUUGCUGGCACAUUGUACUGCAGAACUUCAUAAAACAGCACAACUAAAUGAAGUUGAAACAUACUCUGCUGAGUGCUUCCAUGACAAGAGCUGUCUCAUCCAUUCUAUACUGUGAAAAAUAAUGUUUUGAGCACCUUGAAGUGCACAAAAUAAAAAUCGCUUUAUGAUAUUGUAACAAUAAAAUAAUUUGGUGACUGGAACUCACUGGAAGACAACCAGAUUUCCUCCAAAGUGUAAUGGAAAGGUGGUUGCUCAUACAGCCAGGCAGCAUUCCCCCCUGGGGAGUUUUGCUCCAUUUCUUCUACAGGUCCUGUGAAUGAAAAUCAAAAUAUACAGGUCAGCCCUGACAUGGCCUCCAGGGAUGUUAAAAUGUCCUUUGUGCUUGGAUUGAUCCUCACGCGGGUGUUCGGUGUUUUAAAGGAAAGCAACACUGGAAGGAGAAGUGUGAAGGGUGUCAUGUCUUUCUAAAGGUACCAGCCAGCAGAACCACACUGGCCCUAGUUGGUCCUGGCUCCCUUCCUGGUUCCUUCCUUUCUGGUGAGAAAAAAAUCUGUCUUUGGAACGAGCUGUAGUUAUUUGGGCUUUGCAGAAAUGUGCUGCUCUUUCUUCCAUGGAUUGAUCAACCUUUGAAAAUAAAAGGAUUCUUCUGUUGGG